GCUCCGUCUGACGACCGACCUGCUGUGGAUUGCAACAUCGAAGCACCGCCCCUCCGGGUUGACGCCACCGCGGGAGGAAACAACGAAACCAAACAAACCCGGAGUCAGUCGGAGCCCCCAGUCCAGCUGAAAGUUCUGGAGAACCAGCAACAGGGUCAGCUGAAAGCGGUGGGGAUAUAGACUGACUGAUUUCUGUUUUCAGUUGACAAGACAGACAGGAGGACCGGCUUUGAACGCACUUUUUCCACUUCAGCGCCGGAAGUAACAACAAAGACUCAACAAGAUUCAUUUUUAACUUUACAGCUGUCGAUAGCUUAUCUUAACCUCAUUAAUUUACGCCGAGCAACAAAAGUGAGCGACCAGCUAACGGACCAACGACAGGUUGCGCAACUGAAGCAGCAAGAAGAAGCAAAAUCGUCAUCUCCAGUUCUCCCAGUCACAAUAACUGGUCCCAGUCGGAGUACAGCUUCAGGAAUAUAAAACUACUUCUCAGAUCUGUGUUUAGCAACUCUGCAGCACGGGCAAGUGACCAAAACCAUCUCCACAGUGGUUUUUACUGGGUUGACUGCAGUCCGGACCAGUCAGUCAUUCUGAAGCAGGAGUGAAAGCAUUGUUGCCCCACAGCCGGUUUCCACCUAGUGUCACCAAGGUGACCACAUGUUAUGAGAAACUUACUCACACACAAACACACAUCCUGGAGGAUGUGCUUGCAUUAAUAAACGAGGAUGGGCGUGGCUACAACCAGAAAUCAGCUGUGUCUGAAAAGGCUGCUGGCUGAGCCUCAAGAAAAUUUACUGAAAUUUAAACGAGCCCAUCUGGAGACCUCCCAUACUGCCAGGGUUCCAUCAGCUUGCCUCACACCAACAAAUCCCGCACCAAAGUCCAGCCCAAGCCAGCCCCCAUCCAGAGUCGGACCAUACCUCCUGUUUGAAAGCUGUGAGAGGGAGGAAACCUAUAGGGCCGUGCACACAAGUACACAAAAGCAGUACACUUGUCAGAUUCUCCCUCUGCAGGGUUUCCAGGAACGGUUGGCGGCCUACGACCGCAUUGGCAAACACGACAACAUCUGUGGUCUGCAGGAUGUGGUGGUCGGUCAAGAUAACCUGUACGUCUUUCUGCCUGAUCACCAUGGCGACAUGCAUGCAUUUGUGCGCAGCAGGAAGCACCUGGAUGAGGAAGAGGCAGGGCGUCUGUUUGCUCAGAUGCUGAAUGCAGUGACAUACUGCCAUCACAAAGGAGUCAUCCUGAGAGACCUGAAGCUGCGGCGAUUCGUCUUUAUGGACAAAUACAGGACUCGUCUUGCCCUGCUCGGCCUAAACGACAGCGUAGUCCUGCACGGCAAUCUCGAUGACGACUCUCUGAAAGACAGACACGGCUGUCCUGCCUACGUUGGCCCUGAGCUGCUGACCAACGGCAACGGGUCAUAUUCAGGUCGCGCUGCAGACAUCUGGAGCCUGGGUGUGUCUCUGUACACCAUGCUGAUUGGGCGGUACCCUUUUCAGGACAUGCAGCCAGCUGCUCUGUUUGCCAAGAUCCGCCGUGGAGUGUUCAGCCUCCCCAACAGCCUGUCGCCACAGGCAAAGUGUCUGAUAAGCUGCAUGCUGAGGAAGGAGCCUGUUGAGAGACUAAAAGCAUCUGAACUGCUCAUGCACCCAUGGCUGACCAAUCCUUGCAUGCAACACCACAACGUGCGCAAGGCACAUCACAACCAAAUUACGAUGCAGAACAAACGGGAGGAGGAAGACCAAGUGGUGCCAACAUGGACUGAGAAACAAUAAAACUUCUAUAGACACACUAUACCUUUAUACAUGUGAGAACCUACAGUGAAUUUCUCUUUUUAUAAAUGUAUACAUACAUAAAGUGAUAAACGCUACCAAUGGUAUGAUCCUGGAUUACUUGAACCACAAGUGCCUUCGUCUGUGUAGUUGUCUCAGUUUACACCUCUUUCAGACCGAUUGGUCCCACAUGACAACUCAUCUAAAGACUUAAACCUGCUGUUUCUCUCUCUGAUUAUAUGUGCUGCAGCUAAGCUCCCAUAAGUAACGCUUUGUAUUAGUUCUAACAGCAUAUAAGGGGUUUCAGCUUAUGCAGUGUGGAAACCUUUAUUUUUUUAGGUUGCCCAGUUAAUCUGCUGUUGGCAGAUUUUUCAAAGUCUGGAAAAUGGAUAAACAAGGUAUUUGCAAAGGGAAGCCUGGUUUUGCCCUUCCACGACGAAUAUUUACAUUUAAUAAGAUCUUUCUAUGUAUGUAACGAAAUCUUGUCGAACUUAGCCUAUUGGAAAUUCGGCUCAACACACAGACUGGUCGGUAAAACUUAAAAAAGGUAGGCUUCAUUUCUAAACAUUUAAUGUUGAGCUUGUUAAUGUGCUCAAGUUUCUUUUGCCGAUACUUAAAACGAGCUUCAGUCACCAUUUGCUGCUGUAUUGAUGUUAGUUGAAGGUGUUGAAAAUCACCUGAACGCACCACAGAAUUUCAACCAGAGUCUCUGCAGAGGGCAGAACUUCCUUCAAGUGUUUACAUUAUGAAUCCUGGUGGGGUCCAUUGUGUUUUUAGUUUUCCAAUAAUGUUACUUUUGAUUUUGUUUUCAGUUAAAAAGAUGAAAACUGCAUUAGAUAAUCACUGCAAAAUUCUUCUUUAGUAGCACAAAAAAGAUGGUUCUGAAGUUCAGUAAAAAACAUUUUUUAGAUCAGAUUUAAUCAGAACACAUCAAUAUAAAUAAAAAGAAAUGUUUUCUCAAAGCAUCAGUAUCAAACGUUUUGGGGCAUUUUUAUAGUGCAAAUUGCAUGACCAACCUCGAGUAGAUUGGGAUUUAAUCCCAUCUCAGAAUAAUGGUGAUAAAUUAUAAGCACUUAAAAUGAAAAACAAAUGACGAUUUUAAAGUAACUGGAGAAUUAUUCCUUACUCAAUGUAUGUUUUACUUGUGAGUGAUGGUAAAAAUCACUACCCAACUAGCAUUAAGUUUUCAAACUGGAUGGCUUUUAUUGUACAGCGCAAUUCUGAUUUUAGUUGUGACACAAUAAAGGCUUUUAAAAGAUA